AUGAAUGGACAGUCUUUGGUUGGCGGCUCUGGUGAUGCCCCUUGUGGUCCUCUUUGGAAAGACUCUUUUGGAGUUAAGGUUGGUGAGGCUGCACGCGGAGGCUCCUCCUGGCACAGCUUGGCCCAGGCACGUGGGCCGCCGGAACAGGAGCCAGAGGAAGAGCUAUCCAUGGAGAAUAGCCCCACUAUGGCUAAAAUGGACCAGGGUGAAAAUCAGGUUUUACCAAGUCCAAGAAGAAGACGCCUCCCCAAGGCACUUGGCUACGUCACCGGUGAUAUGAAAGAAUUUGCCAGCUGGCUUAAAGACAAACCACAGGUGCUCCAGUUCGUAGAUUGGGUUCUUCGGGGCAUAUCCCAAGUGGUGUUCGUCAGCAACCCCAUCAGCGGAAUCCUGAUUCUGGUGGGGCUCCUCGUCCAGAAUCCCUGGUGGGCUCUCAAUGGCUGUGUGGGAACAGUGGUCUCUACCCUGACGGCCCUGUUACUUGCUCAGGACAGGUCAGCAAUUGCAGCCGGGCUACAGGGCUACAACGGCACCCUGGUGGGAAUACUCAUGGCUGUCUUUUCAGACAAGGGCAACUAUUUCUGGUGGCUGUUAUUCCCUGUGUCUGCUAUGUCCAUGACUUGUCCAGUUUUCUCAAGCGCACUGAACUCCUUGUUCUGCAAAUGGGACCUCCCCGUCUUCACCCUGCCCUUCAACAUGGCGUUGUCAAUGUACCUUUCGGCCACGGGACAUUACAAUCCGUUCUUCCCAGGCAAACUGUUCAAACCUAUAACCGAGGUUCCCAAUGUCACCUGGACUGACCUCAGUGCCCUGCAGCUAUUGAAAUCCCUGCCCGUGGGUGUCGGUCAGAUCUACGGCUGUGAUAACCCGUGGUCGGGGGGCAUUUUCCUGGGCGCCAUUCUGCUCUCCUCCCCGCUCAUGUGCCUGCACGCUGCCAUCGGGUCGCUGCUGGGGAUAGCGGCAGGACUCAGUCUUUCAGCGCCAUUUGAGAACAUCUACUUUGGACUCUGGGGUUUCAACAGCUCUCUGGCCUGCAUUGCAAUGGGAGGGAUGUUCAUGGCACUGACCUGGCAAACCCACCUGCUGGCUCUUGCCUGCGCCCUGUUCACUGCCUACCUUGGAGUCAGCCUGUCACACAUGAUGGCUGUGGCGGGAUUGCCAGCUUGUACCUGGCCCUUCUGUUUGGCCACACUACUGUUCCUCUUGCUGACCACGAAAAAUGCCAACAUGUACAGGAUGCCCCUCGGUAAAGUCACUUAUCCUGAAGAAAACCGCAUCUUCUACAUACAAGCCAAGAAAAAAAGGAUGGUUGAAAGCCCUUUGUGAGAGCCACCCCACCCACAGCCAUGGUCACAAGGGGUGGCUGACCGACUGCCCCAGGUGACCCCCAGGGUCUUGGCAAACUGCUGUUUUUUGCCUUUAACAACUUUC